AUGUCUAACUUAAAAAAAAAAGAUCAAUUGUAGCCUCGAACUCCAUAGUUAAGGAAACACUUAGAUUCAAGAUCAGUCAGAAGUUCCCUAGGAUGUCUGUCGCAACACGCCGCUAUGUGUAACAUUGCAAGUGAUCCUUUAAAAAAGAUAGGAAAAAUGGAACUCAUUUUCCUAAUGAAGAAAAGAAGGAAAUGGAUUUUUGUUACUCUGUCCGUGGUAUGUUUCCUGGUAUUUUAUAUUCAGAGACCCUUGUAUCGAUCUAAUCAGAACCCAAAGAUGGAAUUGUUACGUGAUAUUAACGAACCUUGUAUCAAUCAUCAGUAUAAUACCAUUCCGCCAAUCUCAUUCAAAUCGGAAACCUCUUUUAUUUCUCUUGGGGCAUCUGCAAAGCCCUUCAAAGCUUUCAAGGUACGUGAAUUUCCACCAGAAAAACUCAAAUUUAGAAAUAAAUAUCUUUCUAAACAUGAAAGUACUGUAAGAAAUGAAGACAAGAAUCACGAGAAAUGGGCAGUUUUGACAACGAUAUUUAAACCCUCUGAAGCAGUGCGACGUUUCCUGUAUAUGUCAUCAUGGUGUGUAGUGAUUGUUGGGGAUUUAGAAAAGCCUAAAUAUUAUAACAUUCCAUCUUCAUUGAAAAGAUGUAUGGUAUUUCUUAAUCAUAAAGAUCAAAAGAAAAUGAGAUCAAAAUUUAUUAAUAAUUUACCUUGGAACAGUUUUAGUAGAAAAAAUAUUGGAUAUUUAUAUGCAAUAUCUCAUGGAGCACAGCUAAUUUGGGACUUUGACGACGAUAAUAUACUAAAAUUCUGGUUGGAAAACGCAUCAAUUCACCCGAAUCAAUGGAUAGAUACAUUUACAAAAUCAGAAAUACCUGUGUCUAAAGUGGAGACAGACACAAGAGCAUUAUUUUUUAACCCUUACAAUUACCUGGGAUCCAGUGAACUAAAAAUAUGGCCAAGAGGAUUCCCUUUAGAAAACAUAAUGCCUUCGAGAAAUCAUGAAUUCAAAUUUGUAAGUGAAACUUUUGUAAAAGAAAAACUUGGAAUUUUGCAGUCAAUUGCGGACCAUCAACCAGAUGUAGAUGCAAUUUACAGAUUAACAGAGUAUACACCUUUUUAUUUCAACAAGGCAUAUGCCAAAGUAAACAACACCAUUAUUUUACCGAAUGGACUUUACUCUCCAUUGAAUGCACAGGCUACCUUACAUUUCCAAAAAGCUUUCUUUUGUCUUUAUCUUCCUGUGACCGUGCAUGGCCGGGUAUCUGAUAUUUGGCGAAGCUACAUUGCCCAGGUUCUCCUUCCUCUCCGUGGACUUCAUGUUGGGUUUUUGCCAAGGCCGCUUGUAGAUCAAGAUCGGAAUGUACACAAUUAUAAUGGUGACUUUCAAUCAGAAAUUCCUCUUUACACACAAACUACUGCCUUUAUUUCCACUCUGGAGUCCUGGAAAAUAAAUAUAACUAAAGUGAAUGAUAAUGAAAAGCGUUCAUUAGAAGAUUUGAUGGAAGAUCUUUAUGUAACACUUUACGAAUGGGGUUUCAUUCAGAUAGGUGACAUCAACAACAUUCAGUUAUGGCUAGAAUCUAUUACUUCUAUCGGUUAUGACUUGGGAUAUAAUAACAGAAGAGCUUCCUCUAAGUCACCAUCUGAAUUCACAAACGACAUUGGAUCGUCCGUUUUGUCUAGGCCAACAGGGAUACCAGAAAAUUGUGUAGAAAUGAAAAGGAAGAAUAUAACUGCUACAUUUUGGACUUCUGAUUUGCAUGAUGGAACAAGAAUUGAUGUUCCGUCUUUACUUUCUAAACUGGAUCAGAGGAUCUAUAUUGCUGGAAUCAAAGGUGAAAAAUCACCAUAUUCCGAAGUUUUCAAAAGUCCUGGCAUAAAUAUCUAUAAAAAGAUAUCGCCUGAAUUAAUGAGAUAUACAACUCACUCAACACCUUUAUCAGAAAAAGGUGUCGAGCAGAAUGCUGUAUUUUAUAGAGGAGAUAUGGCAUUCGAAAAAACAGAUGCCUUCUAUUGUGCAUUUCCAGCAUCUAUGUGCGAGUUAUGGAUGCCAUUUAAUGAAACAAAGUCCAUAUUGUUUUUGGCAGCUCAUAGGUAUAAUUUGGGUCGAUGUGAUGUAAAAAGUUGGGAAGGACUCAAUAGAAAAUUGCAUGGACUUACAAAAAGGAAAGGGGAUGGAAAAUUGAAACAUGUUAUUGGUGCUGACAAUCGAUAUGAUUAUGAAUAUCUGUUUCACUACACUGGAAUUCGAUCUCUUGAGUUGCUAUCUAGUUUUUCAGGAUUUUACACGGAAAAGUCGGUUUAUACACCAACGAAAAAGGAAAUUCUUGUAUUUUUUAGUGGUGGAAAAAUACCAAAAGCCAUAACAAAAACAAAUUUCAAUAUGACAAUACUACAUCACAAGUACAAACACUACACAUUAAAUGACUUGACGAGUUACCCUGCAGUUAUUUUUUUCCCGUAUGCCGUACAUUCUUAUAAGAUAACUGAACUCUAUUCUCUUAAUAUACCAUUGUUUUUUCCGAGUCUGAAAUAUUUUCAGGAAAAUGGUGGUCUUGGAUCUGACCGCACAAGUACUAGUGCUCCAUACUGUCAACAUGAUAAAGAUCUUUGGAAGAAAAUGAAGAAACAUCCUUCUAGUUAUCAUUCUUUUAACCCGAAUUCUGAAUUCAAAGAUCGUCCAGAAGAUGAAAUGUACUGGCUGCAGUUUAGUGACUUCUAUGAUUGGCCUCAUAUACAGUAUUUUGAUGAUAAGGAAGACCUCGAAAGAAAAAUUUCCAAAACAUCUGAUGCUGACUUGAAAAGAAUCCACCAAAGUAUGAAAGAAGAAAAUGAAAUAAGAAGAUUCCGUUUGUUGAAUAAAUGGUGUGAAAUUAUUCCAAAUAUCAAGCACAAUGAAGGUUAAAACUUUGGGACCAGAAGAACAGGUGAAAACGAAAUAAUGAAUAUGCAUGAAUAAGACUCUAUUUUUGGCACUGAAAUUGUUUAUCGUAAUAUCAUUUGUGUGAAUGUAUUUGACACUGUGUAAAAAUAAAUAAAAGUUAAGAGAAACCAAAUUUUGGUUU